CAGUCUUUGAAACUCCUGAAUGUUUACUAUGAUCAAACCAUGCUGAAAUUAGGUUCAAGUGAAUAGUGUAUUGGUAAAGGUGAUCGUCACACGUGCACCCGACAAUGUGAGUAAAUAUGCACGGAUAGCAGAAAUGCCGGACCGGCAAGAAACGUAAUCGAAGAUAUACCACAAAAUCAAACUACAGGUUUCAGUCGUGAAGCACUCUUGAACUUGAACGUAUAGUUAUAUGUACGGCGUCUGAGGGUUAGCGGAACGUAGAAGCGAGCACGACGUGUAAUACAAUAUUAUCACGUAGUGAAACUCAACAUUUAGCUAUUCUACAGUCAGGAUGCUUUGCGAACUGUUAGUCGCCCUGUUGGUACUAUACGUCAUCUGGGAUGUCAACUAUUUUAUUCGUUGUGUAGUCACUCUUGGCUACGGAAUGUUAUUCCAGCGAAAGCGCAAAGUGACCGAUCAGACCACAAUCUACGGAUUCUGCACAACUCAGGAUGUGGAUAUUUUUAUACGACACAUGAACAAUGCUAGAUAUAUUAGAGAGUUGGAUUUUGCUCGGUUUCAUUUCUACGGACUGACUGGUAUCUACGGUAAAAUAAAGGCGCAGGGUGGAGGAGCCGUACAAGGUGCCUCCAGUGUACGUUACCGCCGUACGAUUCCUAUCUUCAACGCUUAUAAAAUUACAACACGCCUGGUCUGGUGGGACGACAAAGCAAUUUACUUGGAGCAACAGUUCGUUACGUUGGCCGACGGUUUUGUACGUGCUGUCGCGAUGUCCAAGCAGUGUGUUACCAAGAUUAACGUUUUAGAACUAAUGAAGGAAUUACCAGGAGUUGAUGAGCAGCCGCCGAUGCCCACCGAACUGAAGCAGUGGUUGGAGUCAAUUGAAACUUCCAGCCAGAAACUAAGAAAAGAACUUUCGAAUAAAUAAAUUAAUUUCACAA